CACUAGGGGUGAGUUAUGUAAAGGCUGAAUAUAUUUCACCCUUCAACUACAUAGUUAAUAAAUUUAUGUAAGUUUUUAAUUAUUCUGCGACUAUUUAAUAUAACAAUUGAAUAAAAAUGGCAUUAAAAGCCUACGAAGAUGCGUGUAUGAGAGCUGAAUUAUUUGGACAACCUAAGCCCGACAGAGAUGAGUUUCUGUCAAAACAUAAACAUUUAGAUGUCUCGGAAUUUGAAGAAGUGGACAUAAACAGCACAGAGAACACGGCCAUGUUGGAUGAAGAAUUAAGAGAAGCCAGUGGAGCUCUGACUGAGUUAAAUACAAUCCUUAAUUCAACUCAAACAAAAUUAAACCGACUAAAGGGCGUCUGCGGCACAGUUACAAACUUCUUCCGCAUUAAACUUGCGGCGAAGGACAAUUUAUCUUACUCCAGCGAACCAAGUUAUAUCGGUCAGACAAAUUACGAUAAGGACUAUAUUCCUCCGAAAAAUUCAGACGUGGGUUUUAUAAAUACAGGCCUUGGCCCCGACGACAAUGAAAUGACACCUCGCGCGAGCAAUCACAAACAAAAAGGCGCUGACAUUAAUUCCGCGCUAGCAGAUUUAGAAGCGAUGGAAAUUGUCGAGAAUACAUCUUUAUUGGGUCAAGCGGCUGUUUUGGAUCAUCAGAGGAAAAUUACAUCUCAAAUAAGCAAGUUGGAUAAAAUGAUUCUUCAAGCAGACAGAGCUCAAGAGUCACUGAACAAUCAAAAUAAACAAAUGAGGGCAUUUCUUCGAUAAUUUCCUGGAAGUUACGCAUGUUUUUUUCCGCUAUAGCCAAAUUACUUCAAUCAUCUGUUAAAGCUUCAAGACUUAGAUAUUCGUAAAUGUGGUGUUGUUUGGUAAAUAAGUACCUGUAUAAAUAUAUUAGACACUGUUAAUUCCUUCUAAUGUAAACCAACUGUUAGAAAAUAAUCUUAUAUAGACUAGUUGUGAUUACUAAUAUAUAAUUGUGUUUAAUAUAUUCCUGAAGUAAUUUUAGCUCUAAAACAAACAAGAAGAUUUCUUUCAGUCCCGAACCAAUAACGUCUCGUAAUGAAAUAUUCAUAUAGUUUUUGUUCUAUAGUUUAGAAUGAUGGAACUUCUUCGUGCUUGCAAAAAAAAAGUUACCGACUGUUAACUGUUCGAAUUUAUUCCCCAACAUUUCUUACAAAACUUUUCCGGAAUCAUGAAAAUAGUCUCUAUCGUGUUUCUUUAUUCUGUCAACAAUUGUGUAUACUGGUUUUUAAUUACUUAGUUGUUUAGUUAGGAGAACUUUUUUAAUGUCAAUCGUAUGUCACGUUUAAUUUUCUUUUUACUGACAGAUAUGAACUAGGGUUCUCAGCGAAUUUCUUACCUAAUAUAUACGUGUACUUGAAAAAUAAAUGUGAAAAAAAUUAUGUACAUAAGUACUGCGAAAUAACAAAAAGAAAAAAAAAUAUUAAAGCUAAGUAUGAAUCAAAAUGAUCUUUAUAUGUAAUAUAAAUGUUAAAUAUAUUCUAUUUUCUGUUUUAAAGUAAAAGUUGUGUAAUCCUCUUCGCAGACUCCCAUGCAAGUGUUUACUCAAUAAACGUUAUUAACGUUUUGUGGGUAUUCGCAUAAUAUUAGUUGUGCAGCUUUGUAUAAGUUUCCCUGGCCCUAUUGUACUCGCUUUAACUAACUUCGUUACUAAAAUAUUACGAUUUCUGUACAACUUAUUUUCGUUCUCGUUAGCUGAUGAGGUUCUAAUGUUGGUAAAUCUUAUUGUGAUGUGAUGUUGGUGCUUCUCUUGUUAUAAAGUAUACUCUGUAGAAAGUGGUGUUAAAAUGCUGCUAGUGUAGGUUUUGUAAUCAUAGUACGUUGUAUUGAUUAACGAUAUGUAUAUUAACAUAAAAAAAAAAUCUUAAUUAUUUUUCAUAUAGCUGGGUAUUUAUUCAUACUUAUAUUUCGAUUCAGUAUAUUUUUAACUGUAUAUCAAUGAUUUGAUAGCUUGUUGACAAAUAAUAGCUGUGUGUAUAGGGUGAUAUGAAAUGUCAGAUAGAAUUCUUUAAAUACAUAGAAAUACAGUUAUUUUAGGUGCUUUA